AUGGUCGAGCAUCGGAGAUCACUCCCGUUCCGCGCUACGAAGAUCAUCGAGGCGUACGGGAUGUUGAUCUCCGCCGUUGGAACCGUGCCAGACAAUGUGACGGCUAAAUUCCGCUGGACGCGGCACAGGAGAUUGUUCACAAUUCCGCCCGUCGAACGGCGUUCAAUGUCACCAAAGCCUAUGACGUCCAAGGGUGAUCUGACUAGUUACGUCCUUUGCCUCGGUGCUUUCUGCCGGUCCGCUGCCACUGUGGACUCUUCAAUUGUAUGGUCUGAGUGCGACUCUUGCUUCAUGCAUUGUUCUCACAGCUAUCGACGCCUGAUCAACCAGAGCGCUGAAAUCACAAAAGUGGUGUACCGAACCUGUGCGGCCUCGGCUAGCGGGUCGCGUGCUGUCUACUUGCGCAGACAAGAAAUCCUGAGACAAGUCUUCUUUCUCACCGUUGCACCUUCGACGUCGCUUUGCAUCACCGCCGGUGCUGCUCCACCGAUCUCGAUCUCGGAACCCACCAAGAAGCACACGCACGUGAUCAAAGGCGUGUCGCCAAGCUUCCUUCGAUGCUGCGCAGCGCGGAAACUUCUUUCGGUGCAGGUACCGUAUGCGGAACAGAGGUCCUUGCGCCGUCUCGGAAGCUUUGCUGUUGAAGAAUAA